AUGAAGAACCCGAUGCAGGAGGUGGUGACCUUCCUGUUGGAGAAGCUGCUCCUCAUCUCCAACUUCAAGCUGUUCAGCUCGGGCGAGCCGGCCGAGGACAAAGCCAAGGGCCGCUUCUACGACAUCAGUUCUUUCCUUCGCGGCGACGUGCUGGAGGUGCCCCGGAUCCACUUGACCCAUUACGGUAUCUAUCUGGGCAACAACCGUGUCGCCCACCUGAUGCCCGACAUCCUGCUGGCCCUGACCGACAACCAGGAGCUCACGCAGCCGGUGGUGUCCAGCAAGCGUCUCCUGCUCGGCGUCAUUAGCAAGGUGGCCAGCAUCCGCGUGGACACGGUGGAGGACUUCGCCUACGGAGCCGACAUCCUGGUCAAUCACCUGGACAAGUCCCUCAAGAAGAAGGCGCUGCUCAACGAGGAGGUGGCGCGGAGGGCGGAGAAGCUCAUGGGCUUGUCUCCCUACAGCCUGCUGUGGAACAACUGCGAGCACUUCGUCACCUACUGCCGAUUCGGCACCGCGAUCAGCCCCCAGUCCGACAAGUUUUGUGAGAUUGUGAAGAUAAUUAUUCGUGAUCAGAGAAGUGUUCUUGCUUCUGCAGUCUUGGGAUUGGCGUCUAUAGUCUAUCUGGGCUUGGCAUCAUAUGCUACACUUCCUGCAAUUUUUAUUCCAUUUAUCUUAUGGAUGGCUGGCUAACUUCAUCUCCCCGUGUCAGUGUGUGUAUUCUGUGCGUAAAUAUGUUUAUAUUUAUAGAGCACAAAUCAGUAUAAGUACUAUUGAGAAAAAUGUGACCUGUAACACUGUGUUCUGGAUAAAAAAUGUGAUUAAGAAUCACGCCAAGUGCUUACUGUGUAAGUCCCAAGAACAAAGGCUUUCUGAAUCUAUGCAGGCAGUUCCAUUUAAAGCACUGUGCAGCUCUUGGAACUAAGAGAAUUUGCGAUAGGGAUCAUCAUUACAAGAAAACCAGCACCAGAGAAGAUGGCCACAGGAGAUUAUUUGUGUUUUAUGUUUCUCUUAUAAUCAUUGCUCUUCUGUUGGGCCUGAAUUGGAAGAGAGGAAGAUUUACCGAAUGAGAACACUAAACUUUAUUGUAAAUUUAUCCUGUUUCACUGAAAAACUUUAUUAAAAUAUUUCCUUUGUUCAUAUGAAAACACGCUGGAUGAUUGGCAAAAAGAAAAACACAGAAAAAUUCAUUUGUUUUCAUGUAUUGUUCUGUAUAUGUUAUCCAGUCAGUCAUGAUUACUUUAACUACUUCAAACCAGAUUGGCAAAGGUUUUAUGAUAGGUAAAGUAACUGACUAGAACUAUAGAAGUCUGUAUUCUUGCCAAAAUAUCUACUAUAACACCUGUUAAAUAAUUUGACUUGCCAUUACUCAGUAGGAAGCUUGGCAUCCUUUUUAAGUUUUUUCCCUUUUGGUUUGUACUUACUUUAUACCACAUUUAAGGGAUGAAUGAAUGGAAAUAGAAUUAAACUAAUGUUGAUAAUUGGAGUGUAUAUUCAACAAUUAAAUAUAAAGAUAUCUAUACACACACAGCAGAUGAAACAAAAGUUUUGUUCUUGAGUCUUUUGCCAUCUUUAUUAUCUCAACUGCUUUAUAUAUUAUACCACUUAUCAUAAAGCAUUGGUAGAGGCAAAUACUUUCAUGGAACUUUUACAAGUUCCAUUCCUUUUCUUAAGUCCUUGUUUCUAAGCUGUCACUUGCUUAUAGUUAUUGUAUGGAGUUUACAUUAAGCACUUACUAAUGUACUGUAUACUAAUUAAAACAUCCUCAGAUUUGUUUUCCAGUCUGUUUUCCCCAUUUUAAUGCAAAAUAGUUUACAUCCUUUAAAAAAGGCUGUCUCAGCAACAACUACAUCCAAACAAGUAGGACCUCACUGUUAGAAGUAAUUCUGAAGUGUUUUCAUCCUUACAGUUGUGGAACUGGAUUACAUUGAGGCAUUUUAAAAUCAGAUUUAAGAUGUAGCAGUGCUAAAGUAAGUGAGUACUCCAGCACUUUUGAAAAACUACCAAAUUCUGAACAUUAAGACACAAACCAGACUUGCAUUUCAAGUAUUAAAAUUGCUUUAUAAACUAUCUAGAAUCACAAAAUAAUGAGUCAUAUAAUGAGGAGUAUAAGGAAGGAGGGGCCAGUCACUUAGUGAUCCAACUAGAACAAAUUUAACAGCAGUUUGGUGUAACUGAUGUUUUAUCACCUCUUAAUUUGCCCACAACAAAUUCAGUUGGAGCUUAAUAACUAAACAUUGUGUUUACUCAUUCAGAUGUUUCAAACAAUUAAAACAUGAGAUGACAACAUCACAGGAUGCAGGUGUUAUAUGUGCCUAUUCUUAUAAAUUAAACUAAUUCUAAGUGUACACGUAAAAGAACUCUCAAUGAGAACUCCAGUUGUAUUAGUGGAUUUUCACUUACUGUCCAUUACCCUAUAACAUUUGUUUAAAUAAAUUCUUUUUAAAAGAAAACUGUGUCCUCAUAAUUAACACCUUUUAUUUUAGACUUUAGUGUUUCAGGUAGUAAAAUCCACUGUCUGAUGUUAAAUCUCUGUUGGAAGAUAAUGAUCCCUCAUUAGAUGUCAAGGAAGUUCUUUAGGUCAGAAUUAACAUAAUUAGUCUUGACUCACUUCAUACACUUAAAGCAAGAUUUGGUUCAUCAUUUGUUUGAGACCUCAUUAAAUACUAGGCACUGACCUGUAGCAAUUUUAUAGCCCAGAAUAAAUAUUUGUAGUUACCUGUUUUGAAGUAUAUACAGUGAUGUGAAAAUACAAAGACUGUUAAAUAUUCCUGAAGCUUCAAAGAAUUUUAUCUGAAGGAGAUGAUGUUGGGAUUAAGCUGAGAAAUAGGAAGUGAUCUCAUCAUACCACUCAUAGGAAGAGAGAACUGGAUGAAGUGUUUAUUUAUUAAAUGUACCACAAUGCUGGAGUUUAUUCAGUUUCUUAGAGGAAAGGGAAUGUUUUUAUUUUGUGGUGUUCAGUUUGAUCCAUAACUGACAUAGUAGAGAAAGAAAUUUCCGUUGUGAUUAUGGAAGAAAGUCUCUGAACUAUUUAUGUGUCUUUGUGAAUUUCUCUUGACAUCCUAAGAUUCUUCCAUGUGAACUGACAAGACCCUAAUAUUUAUGUAUUUCUAUUCCGAUUGUGAAAUCACAAUCAAGUAGUUGUCUGUUGUAAUGUUUUUCUCACUUGUUUUGUCAUGUGAUCUAAAUGAGGCAAACAAUGACUGCAGGGGUUAAGAUGAAAUAAUGUAAGUGUUUGGGAUGAAAAGAUAAAUGAAUGACACAUGGAUCUUUCCUGCAAACUUGAUGGUCUCAUAAACAGGCUAUUGAGGCUAUUCAGUACGGCUUCUCGAGAGAAUAGGAUAAGAAGUAUAAGAAGUUGCCCUUACAUAAGCCAAACUACUAACUGCUGAGACUUGGGACAGUGGGGUGUAGUUCAGAGAGGUAGAUUUGGGGCAGGAUGCUAUUGAGACACCAUGAACAGACAUGUGAAAAAUGACCUUAAGGAGCCUAGAUAGAAGCAUGAGGUACUUACUCUAUUGUGUUGCCUAGGACCAUUUGGGCAAAGGUGAGUGAUGCAGGAGUUGGAGCAUAAACAGAUGCAACAAAAGGAAGCGGUGAUCAAGAGGCUGGUCUUAAGAAGACCAAGAAUUUGGGACUUCAAGAAAAAAGCAAUGGGGUUUUGGGGCUCAGAAAGGUAACUCCUAAAACUAUCGAGUAAGGGUUGGCAGGGGUGGAAGUAGGUAGAGGAAGGGGCAAGACAGGACAGAGGAGAGGUGUCUUAGAUGACUAUAAGAAGGAGAGCCACAUGUCAAGAA